AUGAAGGAUUUUGUAUAUAGUACAGCAGGGACUGAGAAGAUCACCGGCUGGGACAAGAACAGUGACGAUGGUUGGCAAGAAAAGAACCUCAACGAGAACGACAAGAAGGGUUGGUACUCGACCGAUGACGACCAAGCCGGAGGCUGGACCAAACCAGACGACAACAAGAAGACCCAAGCUGAUGAUGGCGGCUGGCACUCAAAGGACACAGGAUGGGGUAACCCCCCAUCCUCCCCAAAACAAGAGCGAGUCGACAAGAUGAACGACUGGGCCGGCCUCAAAUCCGCCUUGACAUCCGCUUUUGCCAACCCACCAGCCCCAGCACCAGAAGUCCCCUGGCAAAAUCAAUCAUGGAGCUUUCCCGCCGAAAACGCCGUACAGCCCACUGUUCAACAGCCGACACCUACACCCUUCGCGUCCGCGCCCGCUCCAGCACCGCCCGAAACCGCGAAACCGAACGCACCCACCCACCGCAUGAGCAACAAAACCCUCUCUCGAUACCGACCCAAUCAUAACUUCCCCUCCCGCAUCCAUCCCAAACCCACGCCAAACUUCACGGCACAACCACACUGGCAGUUUCCUCCUCCUCCUUCUACCUCCUCUUCCGUACCCAAGAAAGUCCUCCACGCCUCCUCCCCGAACGACACGUACAUCGCCCCCGCAGAACCGCGCCUCACCAUCAGCCAAUCCACAUCCAGCAAAAGCGGUAUCCAACACGCCGUCCGCGCGGGCAAAGCAACUGAGUACGGUCAUGUUGUCGGUCGACCAGAGUAUCUAGAUCGUUUGGAGAAGCCGUAUGCGGUGUUUCGGUUUAAGUAUCGAAGCGAGGGGGUACUGAAAGGACUGGGUGUACUUCAUGAGGGGGAUAUGAAGCAUGAUGGGGAUGCUGAGAAGGAGAAAGCAGAGAAGUUGAAGAGUGUGCCGCAGGAGGAACUCAUUGCGAAGAUGUUGGCUUUGGAGCGGAGGUUGAAGGGUAAAGAUAACGGGGAGGGUACUACUGGUGGUGGCGCUGCUGGGAAGGAGAGGAAACACGGUAAGCCGACGGUCGACAAGGAGAAACAGAAGCAGAAGCAGAGGAGGUCAAGUGAGAAAAAAGAUGCGCAUGGCGAUGGCCGGGUGAAGGACUUUACAGAGCAGUGGGUUGAGCGGCAUUCGAGGGAUCCGAGUGUCAAGGCGAAGAGUGCGAUUGCUAAGGAAGUGGGUUGGGAGGGGAAUAAGGAGAGGAAGGAGAAGGAAGUAGUGGGAACGUGGGGACAGGAUGCGAAUGAGGGAUGGGGAGGUGGAGAUGUGAAAUGGUAG